AUGGUGAAACAGGGGAGAGAGAAUGAGAGCCAAACAACCAGAACAAGAGCCGAGAGUGUGCCAGAGGUGAGGGGGGAAAAAGAGUCAAGGGUGAGAAAAAGUAGAAGAGACGUGAGGCAAAGAGUGCCUGGAGUGAAAGAAAGAGUGCCUGGAGUGAAAGAAAGAGUGCCUGGAGUGAAAGAAAGAGUGCCUGGAGUGAAAGAAAGAGUGCCUGGAGUGAAAGAAAGAGUGCCUGGAGUGAAAGAAAGAGUGCCUGGAGUGAAAGAAAGAGUGCCUGGAGUGAAAGAAAGAGUGCCUGGAGUGAAAGAAAGAGUGCCUGGAGUGAAAGAAAGAGUGCCUGGAGUGAGAAAAAAGUGA